AUGAGACUUCUUCUCCCUCUUCUGAUUUGCAUCACAGCAAUAAUCUUGGGUUACCCAUCUAAAGAGAGACUCACAAGAUACACAGCAAGCUUGUCCGAGUACUUCAGCGGAAAUCAAUCAAGUCAACCAACUUCCAACGUCACCUUCGAAGUCCCUAUCAUAGUCAAGCCUAUAACGGAAAUGUCUGCCCCACGCGCAAUUCGCCAGGCGUUCCUGGCAAUCGAGCAAUCCGAAGGUGCAGGUGCCCGUGUUCGCCGUUCAAUCGGCACAGCCAAGCUGCGCAAUUUCAGCCCCUUCUUGAUGCUCGACCACUUCACCAUCGGCAAAGGCGCUGGUUUUCCGGACCAUCCCCACCGCGGCCAGGAAACCAUCACCUAUCUACUCUCCGGUGGGGUGGACCAUGAAGACUUCGCCGGGAACAAGGGCACCAUUGGGCCCGGUGAUUUGCAAUUCAUGACCGCCGGCAGAGGUAUCAUGCAUGCGGAGAUGCCCCACGAGAAUGAGGAUGGCAGCCCCAAUGUGGGCAUGCAGUUGUGGGUCGAUCUGCCGCAGAAGCUGAAGUUCUGUGAGCCCCGGUAUCGCGAUCUGCGCGCGACGGAAAUCCCCAUUGCCAGUGUGGAUGAGGGCCGUGUCCAGGUCAAGGUUAUCUCUGGGCAGUCGCAUGGCGUGGACUCGGUCAGGGACCUGGCCUACACGCCAGUGUGGAUAUUGGAUAUCACCAUCAAGCCUGGUGGUCGGAUCUCGCAGUCUUUGCCUCAGGGGUGGAAUUCGUUUGCGUACACCUUGGCGGGUGAAACGGUAUUUGGCUCCAGUGACUCCACUCGCAUCGUGAAGGAGUUCCACAAUGUGGAGUUUGAGCAGGCUGGGGACUUUGUGGAGCUGUCGGUGCCGGAUAACGCAGAGAAGGAUGCUCGUGUUUUCCUGGUUGCGGGCCAGCCACUGGAUCAGAAGGUCGUGCAGUAUGGUCCUUUUGUGCUGAACACCCAAGAGGAGGUUUACCAGGCCAUGCUGGACUACCAGACUGCGUCUAAUGGCUUCGAGCGUACGCGCAACUGGCAGAGUGAGAUUGGCAAGCGCAUGGGCUGA